GCCGGGCGGUUGGAGCCGGAGCCGCCGCUCGCGCCGCGCCGGGCGCUCAGGAAGAUGGAGACUGCAAUGCUGAGCUUACGGGGUCUGUACGAUCAACUCGUACGCCAGGCUGAAGUUCUGAGUGAAGGAAAUGAAUACCAGUUUAUUCAGUUAGCCAAGAGCUUUGAAGAGUAUCGGAGGAAGCUGCAGCAGACGGAGCACGAGCUUGGCAGGUACAAAGAUCUGCUCAUGAAAACUGAAGCUGAACGUAGCGCUCUGGACGUGAAGCUGAAACAUGCUCGUAAUCAAGUGGAUGUGGAGAUCAAACGGAGGCAGAAAGCUGAAACAGACUGUGAGAAGCUGGAGCGGCAGAUCCAGCUGAUCCGAGAGCUGCUCAUGUGCGAUGCCUCUGGGAGCAUUCAGCUGAGUGAAGAACAGAAGUCUGCCCUGGCCUUUCUGAACAGGCCACAGGUUUCUACAGGAGGUUCAGGGAACAAAAGGCUGUCUACAAUAGAUGAAUCUGGCUCAAUUCUGUCAGACAUCAGCUUUGAUAAGACUGAUGAUUCACUGGACUGGGAUUCUUCUAUGGUGAAAGCUGUCAGGCUGAAAAAGAGAGAGAAGCGGAGGUCUUCCAGGCAGUUCAUUGAAGGUCCACCAGGUCCUCAGAAGAAAAUCAGAUCAACUGGCUCUGCAGCAGAUCAGGGAAAUGAAUCCAUAGUAGCAAAGACAACUGUCAUGGUCCCCAAUGAUGGUGGCCCAAUUGAAGCCAUCUCUACUAUCCAGACUGUGCCCUACAACAUGAGAAGCAGGAGGAAGAGCGGUCCUUUGCAGCCUUGGAGCAGUGAGUCCAGCAUAGGCAGCAAGCAGCUGGAGUUCAAAGUGGAGGCUGAUGUCUGUGGCACCCCACAGAGCAACGGGGGAGUGAGGCUGCAUGAGUUUGUUUCAAAGACGGUUAUCAAGCCAGAGACCUGUGUUCCAUGUGGCAAGAGAGUAAAGUUUGGGAAGAUCUCCCUGAAGUGCAGAGACUGCCGUGUGGUCGCUCACCCGGAGUGUCGGGACCGCUGCCCCCUGCCCUGUGUCCCCACCUUGAUGGGAACUCCUGUCAGAAUUGGGGAGGGCACCCUGAUGGACUUUGUGUCUUCUACUCCUCCAAUGAUCCCUUCCAUCAUAGUGCACUGUGUCAACGAGAUCGAGCAGCGAGGGCUGCAUGAGACUGGCCUCUACCGAGUAUCUGGCUGUGACAAAACAGUGAAGGAACUGAAAGAGAAGUUUCUCAGAGCAAAGAACAUUCCUUUGCUCAGUAAAGUGGACGAUAUCCACGCUGUCUGCAGCCUCCUCAAGGACUUCCUGCGCAGCCUCAAGGAGCCUCUUCUCACCUUCCGCUUGAACAAGGCCUUUAUGGAAGCUGCAGAAAUCUCUGAUGAGGACAACAGUGUUGCUGCCACGUACCAGGCAGUUGGUGAACUUCCUCAGGCCAACAGGGACACCCUGGCUUUCCUCAUGCUCCACCUGCAGAGGGUGGCUCAGAGCCCAGACACUAAGAUGGACAUCACCAACCUGGCCAAAGUCUUUGGCCCCACAAUAGUCGCCCACGCCGUACCUGAUCCUGACCCCAUGACGCUCCUGCAGGACACCAAACGCCAGCCCAAGGUUGUAGAGCGACUGCUGCUGCUGCCAGCAGACUACUGGAGCCAGAUGAUGAUGGUGGAGCAAGAAAACAUGGACCCAGGGCAUGUGAUUGAGAACACCAAUGCCUUCUCCUCCCCACACACACCAGAUGUGAGAGUGAGCAUGCUUGGACCCCUCACUACUCCAGAGCACCAGCUCUCCAAGACUCCAUCAUCUAGCUCCUUGUCUCAGAGGGUCCGGUCCACCUUCAGCAAAACCACCCCCAAAUUUGGGAGCAAAAGCAAGUCAACCACCCAGCUUGGGCAUCAGGGCAACUUCUUUGCCUCUCCUAUGCUGAAGUGAAGUGGAUUUGGGAGGCUGUGUCGUCCUAGUGUUUGCACACCAAUCUGCACCAGCACCAUAACCACAGAUCCCCCCCUUGGCAUUUUAUGUAAUAACACUUUGGGUUUUUUUGUCCUUUUUAUCUUUCAGCUUCACUGAAACUUUUAAUGGGAUGAUUUUUUAUUGUGCAAUGUGUUUUUAUCCUCUAGUGCUUUAGUAUUGAUGAAGCAAUUGGCAGGAUUUGCUCAAAGGGGGGAAAAAAGCAAAGCCAGAGGAACUCACUGACACCUGUCCAUAGCAGCAUCCAGUCUUCUCCCUGUGAGAAGUGCAACAGUCAAAAGGUUCUAAGUUUAAUUGGAGUUUUCAAGCUCUGUGGGUGGUUCUUCACUCAGCUCACCUCAAACCCAGCCCUUCAACCAGCUCCUGGGCUUGUGCUGCAGCCACACAGCCUGAGGGUGGCACUGUGGGAUUUGCUGAGGCAAAAGAGGCUCCAACGAAAUGACAGAGGGACCGAGACUUUAUUUUCCCCUAAAGAAACAAAUCCUGAUACUGUGUUCCUGAGGGGAGAAAGGGUGUAGAGGAUUGUCUGCAGAUGCAGACCCAAAGGCCUCCUGGGUGCUCUAAGUGAAUGACUAGUGCUGCUCAUGCAGGUGAAGGGAAGGAGGGUAGCUGAGUAGCACCCUUGCUUUUGGGAGUCCCUGCUUUCCCCUCAACUUCAGGGCAUUGCUCAGUGCUCUGUGAAGGGCUUGUGGAACACACACAGAAGUUUAUCA